AUGAAGACACUUUGCCUGCUCUUUUCUCUCCUCUUCUUGGCUCUCCAGAUCUCUCCAGGUUUGUCUUCACCCCGGAGGGAAAUGCUUUUCUGCAGAGGAGGGAGCUGUCACUUUGGAGGAUGUCCCUUCCACCUGGUUAAAGUUGGAAAAUGCUUUGGGUUCCGCUCCUGCUGCAAACCGCCAUGGAAUGUAAGAGAAGUUGAUGAGCCGUUCAUUGAAGAGUAAUGAAAAUUUCUUCUAAGCCUACAAAUUCGAUUGGAAUCUCCUUACUCCUAAACCCACUGGAUCCUGCUGCAAAGCCUCACACUCCUUUCACUGCCUAUGCAAAAGGCUUUAAAAUAUA